AUGGCUCCCGUCCCAAUUCGAACUGUCGGCAUCAUCGGCACAGGUGUCAUCGGCGCCAGCUGGGCAGCGUUAUUCCUGGCCAAAGGCUUGAAGGUCAUAGUAACGGAUCCAGCACCAGGUGCUGAAGUCAAGCUUCGAAAAUACCUGCAAAGCCAUUGCUCAGAAGUGCCCAACUCCCACGUUUCGCCUGAAGCUUGCUUGGAAAAUCUUACAUUUGUGAAUGAGCUCGAUGCUCUUCUUGGCAAGGUGGACCUUAUCCAAGAGAAUGGACCCGAGAGAUUGGAUUUCAAGCGUAAACUCUUUGCUCACUUGGAUGAGAAUACGCCCGAGCACGUCCUGAUAGCAUCUUCUUCAUCUGGUCUCCCCUCAUCUGAAUUCGUCACCGACUGCAAGAAGAACCCUGCACGUAUCUUGAUCGGGCAUCCCUUCAACCCACCACACUUGGUGCCACUGGUAGAGGUUGUCCCUCACCCAGCAACGGGUAGUGAAUACGUGGACGCUGCAUGCCAAUUCUACAAGAGUCUGGACAAGGAGCCAGUGCUCGUCAAGCAGGAGACACCAGGCUUUAUUGCCAACCGAUUACAAGCUGCGGUGUGCGCCGAGGCCUACAGCCUGAUUUCGAGAGGUGUUGUUUCUGCUGAAGAUCUUGACAAAACUAUGACAUCUGGCCUUGGUCUUCGAUGGGCAUUGACAGGUCCGAUCAUGACCAACACUCUCGGCGGAGGUGCCAAUUUCUCGCAUUUCAUGGACCACCUGGGACCGGCUUUGCAAGGGUGGCUGGGAGAUAUGGAAAAGCACAAGUUUGACUUCAGUCCUCAACAGGUCGAUUCUGUCAAGGACAAAGUCAACGAUUGGGUAUCACAGCUCGAUUUGAAAGAGAUCGAAGCCAAUCGGGAUGAAGCUUUGGGAAAGUUUGUCGAAGAUCAGCAGCAUUAA